AACCGGAGUCUCUUUUCGGAAUUGAGAGGGGGUUUUAUGCCCUUUCCAUUCAGCGGUUGCUGUGCUAGCAGAGCUCGUUUGGGUUGUGUGAUGCAAACCAGCUCAUAGACAUCGCAGAGUGUUGGAAGUUCACACGGUCGCCAGUCCUAUUUUACUGAAGAAACAUUUGUCUCCGACUGCGCUUCCGCCAUGUUGAGCUGAUUCAAGUUGUGAGUGACUGCUGGGACCGAGGUGACAACAAGCCCCAGAAACCGGAUAGAUAGAGUUAGGGGGCUGUUACCGCGCCGGUGACGCAGGAAAAACACUCAGAAGCAGAGGAAAAAACGUAGGAAUUGGAUCUUUCUAGUAACAGAAUUGUGUCCUGCAAGACUGUCACUGACAAGAGGCCACGUUUAUGUAAUAUAUACGACGACACCACCGUCGAAAGCUGGACGUAGUUCGUGAAUAGAGGGGAAGUCAUAUCAAAUUCCUGGUUAUGCAAUGGUCUCAGCAGCACUCCCAGACCUCCAGGUGCUUGUGUCCCUCUCUCGUGUGUUCAGGCUCUUCUCCCUCUGCUAUACAGCUGAGGUGGCUGUGAUUUCCCUCCUGGCCAGCGCUCCCUAAGAGGCCAAGAUUGCCAAGAUCUGCCCUGUGGCGAGCAUGACAGCCACCACGCGUGGCUCUCCGGUGGGGGGCAAUGAUAGUCAGGGCCAAGGCCAGGCACCUGAUGCUCAGAGCCAACCCCCGCUGCCACAGAACCAUACAUCAUCUCCUAACUCAUCUAAUGAGAACUCUCCAGUGAGCCCCCCAGAUGAGCAGAGCCAGGGGGAUGCCCCCCCUCAGCUGGAAGAGGAAGAGCCUGCUUUUCCUCACACUGACCUUGCCAAGCUUGAUGACAUGAUCAACAGGCCUCGGUGGGUUGUUCCAGUUUUGCCAAAAGGAGAGCUAGAAGUCCUCUUGGAAGCUGCUAUAGACCUGAGUAAAAAAGGACUGGAUGUAAAAUGUGAGGCAUGCCAGAGGUUUUUCCGGGAUGGUUUAACAAUUUCUUUCACAAAAAUCCUGACGGAUGAGGCAGUCAGUGGCUGGAAGUUUGAAAUACAUAGGUGCAUCAUUAAUAACACACAUCGGUUGAUUGAGCUGUGUGUGGCGAAGCUCUCUCAGGACUGGUUCCCAUUACUGGAGCUACUGGCGAUGGCCACCAACCCCCACUGCAAGUUCCACAUCUACAAUGGCACACGGCCCUCUGAGACCGUCCCUGCAGGAGCACAGCUAGCUGAUGACGAGCUCUUUGCUCGUCCACCAGACCCAAGAUCUCCUAAAGGCUGGUUGGUUGACUUAAUAAACAAAUUUGGCACGCUAAACGGGUUUCAAAUUUUGCACGACCGCUUCAUGAGCGGCCAAGCACUGAACGUCCAGAUCAUCGCUGCACUUAUCAAACCUUUUGGCCAGUGUUAUGAGUUUCUCACAUUGCACACAGUCAAGAAGUACUUCCUUCCAGUCAUUGAGAUGGUCCCCCAGUUCCUAGAGAAUCUCACAGAUGAUGAGCUAAAGAAAGAGGCCAAGAAUGAAGCCAAAAAUGAUGCACUGUCCAUGAUAAUCAAGUCUUUAAAGAACCUGGCUUCCCGUGUACCAGGGCAGGAGGAGACUGUGAAGAAUUUAGAAAUUUUUAGGUUAAAAAUGAUUCUUAGGUUAUUACAAAUUUCUUCUUUUAAUGGCAAGAUGAAUGCACUAAAUGAAGUUAACAAAGUGAUCUCCAGUGUGUCCUACUACACCCACCGGCAUAACCCAGAGGAAGAAGAAUGGCUCACUGCUGAGCGCAUGGCGGAGUGGAUACAGCAGAACCACAUCCUGUCCAUUGUGCUGAGGGACAGUUUGCAUCAGCCGCAGUAUGUUGAGAAACUGGAAAAGAUCCUUCGAUUUGUUAUAAAAGAGAAGGCCCUCACCAUGCAAGAUUUGGACAACAUCUGGGCUGCUCAGGCUGGCAAGCAUGAAGCCAUUGUGAAGAACGUUCACGACCUUUUGGCCAAACUGGCGUGGGACUUCUCACCUGAGCAGCUUGACCAUCUUUUUGACUGCUUUAAGGCAAGCUGGACCAAUGCCAGCAAAAAGCAACGCGAGAAACUGCUUGAACUUAUCCGUCGCUUGGCUGAGGAUGACAAGGAUGGUGUGAUGGCCCACAAAGUCCUCAACCUGCUGUGGAACCUGGCGCACAGCGAUGAUGUGCCUGUAGACAUCAUGGACCAGGCUCUCAGCGCUCACAUCAAGAUCUUAGACUACAGUUGCUCACAGGAUAGAGACACACAGAAGAUUCAGUGGAUAGAUCGCUUCAUAGAAGAACUACGGACUAAUGACAAAUGGGUGAUCCCUGCCUUGAAGCAAAUCAGGGAAAUCUGUAGCCUCUUUGGAGAAGCUCCUCAAAACCUUAGAAAGAAAAUUCCAAUUAACAUACACACGAACUUAGUGAGUCAAACCCAGAGGAGUCCUCAUGUAUUUUACCGCCAUGACCUAAUCAACCAGCUGCAGCAUAACCACGCUCUCGUCACUCUGGUAGCUGAAAAUCUCUCAGCCUACAUGGAGACCAUGAGGCAGCUACCCAAAGAAGAACAGGCAGAGUUUGACCCCCAGACAGUCAGACCAGGAAGCCGCUAUAGUCACGUUCAAGAAGUGCAGGAGCGACUUAACUUCCUGAGGUUCCUGUUAAAAGAUGGCCAGCUGUGGCUGUGUGCCCCUCAGGCUAAGCAGAUCUGGAAGUGUCUGGCUGAGAAUGCUGUGUUUCUGUGUGACCGAGAGGCCUGCUUUAAAUGGUACUCAAAGCUGAUGGGCGAUGAGCCAGAUCUAGACCCAGACAUCAACAAGGACUUCUUUGAGAACAACGUUCUACAGUUAGAUCCAUCUCUGCUGACGGAAAAUGGCAUGAAGUGCUUUGAGAGGUUCUUCAAGGCUGUCAACUGCAGGGAGGGGAAGCUGGUAGCAAAGCGCAGGGCCUACAUGAUGGAUGACCUGGAACUAAUCGGCUUGGACUAUCUUUGGAGGGUGGUGAUUCAAGGAAGCGACGACAUUGCAAAUCGAGCUAUAGACCUAUUAAAAGAGAUCUACACCAACCUUGGACCAAAACUACAAGUCAACCAGGUUGAGAUUCACGAAGACUUCAUCCAGUCUUGUUUUGACCGUCUGAAGGCGUCCUAUGACACACUUUGUGUCUUGGAUGGAGACAAAGACAGCAUUAAUUGUGCAAGGCAGGAAGCCAUCCGCAUGGUGCGAGUUCUCACCGUGCUCAAAGAGUACAUCAAUGAGUGUGACAGUGAUUACCACGAGGAGAGAACUAUACUGCCUAUGUCAAGAGCUUUCCGGGGGAAGCACAUCACAUUGAUUGUACGAUUCCCCAACCAAGGGCGUCAGGUUGAUGAUUUGGACAUCUGGUCACAUACCAAUGACACUAUUGGCUCAGUCCGGCGCGGCAUCCUAAACAGAAUAAAGGCUAAUGCUGCACACACCAAGAUCGAGCUCUUCAUUGGUGGGGAAGCUGUUGAUCCAGCCGAUGACAGGAAGCUGAUUGGGCAGCUCAAUUUGAAGGACAAAACGCUGAUCACGGCCAAGCUGACCCAGAUUAGUGCUAACAUGCCCUCAAGUCCAGAAAGCUCUUCCGACUCAUCCACGGGUUCUCCUGGUAACCAUGGAAACCACUACAGUGAUGGGCCUAACCCUGAAGUCGAGGGCUGUCUUCCUGGUGUGAUUAUGUCGCUGCAUCCGCGCUACAUCUCCUUCCUGUGGCAGAUAGCCGACCUGGGCUGCAAUCUUAGCAUGCCUCAGCUUAGAGAUGGUGCUCGAGUUCUCAUGAAACUUAUGCCUCCAGAUAACACCACGGUGGAGAAUCUGAGAGCUGUGUGUCUGGAUCAUGCCAAACUUGGUGAGAACAGUCUGAGUCCUUCACUGGACUCACGUUUCUUCGGCCCUUCACCCUCACAAGUGCUCUACCUCAUUGAGGUUGUGUAUGCUUUGCUAAUGCCAGCUAGUGCCACUCUGGGCGAGGAUGCGAGUGACUUUCAGUAUAACUUCUUAAAGAGCGGUGGUCUGCCUUUGGUUUUGAGCAUGCUGACCAGAAACAACUUCCUCCCUUCGGCGGACAUGGAGACACGCCGCGGGGCUUACCUCAACGCUCUGAAGAUCGCUAAGCUCCUCCUGACUGCAGUUGGCUUUGGACACGUAAAGGCUGUGGCUGAGGCCUGCCAGCCGACCGCAGAGGGAAAUAUUCCUGUCUCUCCGAUAAAUCAGGCCACUCACGACCAAGCACUGGUUCUUCAGAGUGCUCUGCAAAACAUUCCCAACCCUGCUUCAGAGUGCAUGCUGCGAAAUGUAGCCAUUCGCCUGGCCCAGCAGAUUUCUGACGAGAAUUUCUUCCAGGCAUCGAAGUACAUCCCAGACAUUUGUGUGAUUCGAGCAGUUCAGAAAAUUGUGUGGGCAUCAGGCUGUGGUACAGUUCAGCUCGUCUUCAGUUCCAGUGAAGAGAUCAGCAAGAUAUACGAGAAGACAAAUUCAGCAAAGGAGCCAGAUGGAGAAGAUGAGCAGGUGUGCUGCGAGGCUUUGGAAGUGAUGACGCUGUGUUUUGCCCUCAUGCCCACGGCUCUUGACACACUCAGUAAGGAGAAGGCUUGGCAGACCUUCAUCAUAGACCUGCUGCUACACUGCCACAGCAGGUCUGUGCGACCGAUGGCCCAGGAGCAGUUUUUCCUGAUGGCAACUAGGUGCUGCAUGGGCCAUCGGCCCCUUCUUUUCUUCAUCACCCUCCUCUUCACAGUGCUCGGGACCACGGCAAAAGAGAGAGCCAAACAUGCCGGGGACUACUUCACUUUGCUCCGGCAUCUGCUGAACUAUGCUUACAACAGUAACAUCAACUUGCCGAAUGCUGAGGUGCUGCUCAACAAUGAGAUUGACUGGCUGAAACGAAUACGGGAUGAGGUUAAAAGGACAGGGGAGACGGGUGUGGAGGAAACUAUACUUGAGGGCCACCUUGGAGUCACCAAAGAGCUUCUAGCCUUCCAGACACCAGAAAAGAAAUAUUACAUCGGCUGUGAGAAGGGAGGAGCAAACCUCAUAAAGGAGCUGAUCGAUGACUUCAUCUUCCCGGCAUCAAACGUUUACCUGCAGUACAUGAAGAGUGGAGAGUUUCCCACUGAGCAGGCCAUUCCUGUGUGUAGCACACCUGCAUGCAUCAACGCUGGCUUUGAGCUCCUGGUGGCUCUGGCUGUCGGCUGUGUUCGCAACCUCAAACAGAUAGUCGACACUCUGACUGAUAUGUACUACCUGGGUUGUGAGACGCUAACAGAGUGGGAGUACUUGCCUCCAGUGGGGCCACGGCCCAACAAAGGCUUUGUAGGUCUGAAGAAUGCUGGUGCUACUUGUUACAUGAACUCUGUCAUUCAGCAGCUGUACAUGAUCCCCCCGAUCCGCAACGGCAUCUUGGCUAUCGAGGGCACCGGCGCCGAUGUGGAUGAUGACAUGUCAGGGGAUGAGAAACAGGAGAAUGAGAGUAAUGUAGACCCUCGAGAUGAGGUGUUCAGCUACCAUCACCAGUUUGACGAUAAACCCUCCGGUAAGUCUGAGGACAGAAAGGAGUACAACAUCGGUGUGUUGCGCCACCUGCAGGUCAUCUUUGGCCACCUGGCUGCAUCCAGACUUCAGUACUACGUCCCAAGAGGAUUCUGGAAACAGUUCAGGUUAUGGGGCGAACCAGUUAAUUUGAGGGAACAGCACGAUGCUUUGGAGUUCUUCAACUCUUUGGUGGACAGUCUCGAUGAAGCCCUCAAAGCUCUAGGUCACCCUCCCAUGCUCAGUAAGGUGCUGGGAGGCUCCUUUGCUGACCAGAAGAUUUGUCAAGGAUGCCCCCACAGGUAUGAGUGUGAAGAGUCCUUCACAACACUUAAUGUAGACAUCAGGAACCAUCAGAACCUGCUGGACUCCAUGGAGCAGUAUGUUAAAGGAGAUCUGCUGGAAGGAGCCAAUGCCUACCACUGUGAGAAAUGUAAUAAGAAGGUGGAUACAGUGAAGCGUCUGCUGAUCAAGAAGCUGCCGCCGGUCCUCGCCAUCCAGCUGAAGCGCUUUGACUACGACUGGGAGAGGGAGUGUGCCAUUAAGUUCAAUGACUAUUUUGAGUUCCCCAGGGAGCUGGACAUGGAGCCGUACACAGUAGCAGGUGUGGCCAAGUUGGAGGGUGAUGAUGUGAACCCAGAGAACCAGGUGAUCCAACAGAAUGAGCUGUCUGAAGCCACGCCGCCGGGCAGCUCCAAGUAUCGACUGGUAGGAGUGCUGGUUCACUCAGGCCAGGCCAGCGGUGGACACUACUACUCUUAUAUAAUCCAGAGAAAUGGGGGCGACGGUGAGAAGAACCGCUGGUAUAAGUUUGAUGAUGGCGAUGUGACUGAAUGUAAAAUGGACGAUGAGGAGGAAAUGAAGAACCAGUGCUUUGGUGGAGAAUACAUGGGCGAAGUGUUUGAUCAUAUGAUGAAAAGGAUGUCGUAUCGGAGACAGAAGCGCUGGUGGAAUGCUUACAUCCUGUUCUACGAGCGAAUGGACUCGCUGGACAAGGACAGUGAACUUGUCAAAUAUAUCUCAGAGCUGUCCAUCUCCUCCACCAAGCCACAUCAAGUCAAGAUGCCUAGUGUCAUCGAGUGCAGCGUCCGCAAGCAGAACGUGCAGUUCAUGCACAAUCGAAUGCAAUACAGCCUGGAAUAUUUCCAGUUCAUUAAGAAACUCCUGACCUGUAACAGUGUCUAUUUAAAUCCUCCCCCAGGACAAGACCACCUGCUGCCUGAGGCAGAGGAGAUUGCUAUGAUAAGUGCUCAGCUGGCUGCUCGGUUCCUCUUCAGCACAGGUUUUCAUACCAAGAAGGUUGUACGCGGUCCUGCCAGCGACUGGUAUGAUGCCCUCUGCAUCCUACUGAGGCACAGCAAGAAUGUACGCUAUUGGUUUGCACACAAUGUUCUGUUUGCUUACCCUAAUCGGUUCUCUGAGUACCUCCUCGAGUGCCCGAGUGCUGAGGUCCGUGGUGCAUUUGCCAAGCUCAUAGUCUUCAUUGCUCACUUCUCUCUGCAAGACGGCCCCUGUCCCUCCCCCACCGCCUCACCUGGACCCUCAGCUCAGGGCUGCGAUAAUCUCAGCCUCAGUGACCACUUGUUAAGAGCUGUACUCAACCUGCUCAGAAGAGAGGUCUCGGAACAUGGCCGUCACCUGCAGCAGUACUUUAACCUCUUUGUCAUGUAUGCCAAUCUGGGCCUGGCAGAGAAGACUCAGCUGCUGAAGCUAAAUGUUCCUGCCUCUUUUAUGCUGGUUGCUCUGGACGAGGGUCCCGGACCUCCCAUUAAGUACCAGUACGCUGAGCUGGGCAAGCUCUACACUGUGGUGUCCCAGCUCAUCCGAUGCUGUGACGUCUCCUCUCGUAUGCAGUCCUCCAUCAAUGGUAAUCCUCCCCUGCCUAACCCAUACGGGGACACAAACCUGACCGCUCCAGUGAUGCCUGUGCAGCAGCUGGUGGCAGAAAUCUUGUUUGUGAGGACGAGUUAUGUGAAGAAAAUCACGGAGGACUGCAGCAACUCUGAGGAGACUGUGAAGCUGCUUCGUUUCUGCUGCUGGGAGAACCCUCAGUUUUCCUCCACUGUGCUCAGUGAACUGCUCUGGCAGGUGGCAUAUUCCUACACCUAUGAGCUGAGGCCUUACCUGGACUUGCUGCUACAGAUCCUGCUCAUCGAGGAUUCGUGGCAAACGCACAGGAUCCACAAUGUGCUGAAAGGCAUUCCUGAUGACAGAGAUGGGCUAUUUGACACCAUCCAGCGUUCGAAGAACCACUACCAGAAACGGGCUUAUCAGUGCAUAAAGUGCAUGGUGGCCCUUUUUAGUAACUGCUCUGUGGCAUACCAAAUACUACAGAGUAACGGGGACCUGAAGCGUAAGUGGACAUGGGCUGUGGAGUGGUUAGGAGAUGAGCUGGAGAGGAGACCAUACACAGGAACUCCCCAGUACACCUACAACAACUGGUCUCCUCCAGUUCAGAGCAAUGAGACUUCCAACGGAUAUUUCCUGGAGCGCUCACAUAGUGCACGUAUGACACUGGCCAAGGCCUGUGAACUCUGUCCUGAAGAGCUCAAGUGUACUCAGGGAAGCCCAGGGAAGGAGCCAGAUGAACAGGAAGCACCUGAUGAUCAAGACUCCUCCCCUCCUGAGGACACCUCUCUGUACCCCCACUCUCCUGGAACCACCCAGUUUCAGCAGAACAACCACCCCCAUGGGCAGCCAUACACUGGGCCUGCUGCUCAGCACAUGAACAACCCCCAGCGUCCUGGUCCUGCCUCUGCUCCAACUCCAGCCCCAGCCUCAGCUCCGGCCCAAGCCCCAACACAGACCCCAGGCCCUGGUACCACUUCUGGCUCAGGCCCACGAGCACAAGAGAACUGGGAGGGCACUGAGGAGGUCACCCCCACCCCAACCACUACCCCAGCGCCUGCCCCACCUAAAGAAUAACCCCCCCUCAUGUUUCUGCUGUGCCUCGAGCCUCCAUCGUUCUGCUCUCCUUCCUCAUCCUUCGGUAAACUGAGCUCCACAUUAGGCGUUUCUGUCUCUUUCUUGUUGGCCCCAAGGCAGGGCAGAGCCAGGCCUUCCAUCUCCUCUCCCUCAGCCUGAUGGAGGCACUCUUCCCUGGCCUGGAGCUGCCUGACGGAGCGACGGGAGGCCUGCUGGUGACUACAGAGAUGAAGGAGUGGACAACGUUCUGACAAAAAGAAACAAAAUGACCCAGAGAUGACGAUGCUGACACACUUAUCUACACAACGAAAAGGUGUACAUAGUAUGUUAAUGUUUCUGACUGUUCAGAUCCCCCAGUAGCAUAACUCUGUGGUUUGCUGAUGGGAGAUGUUGCAGAUAUAAUUAAAACAAGAUGGAUAUAAAUAAGAGAAAGUCCCAAAAAAACAAACCAGUAAGAAGAUGACUCCUCUUUGUUUGCUCAGCAGUAAAGUUUGUUCUACCAUUGGACGGUAUCUGGUCAUUCAACUGUAGAAGGACAUGUUAUCAUAGUUCUACCUUAUCGACUCACGACCUGUGGUUGGUUUUAGUGUGAGAACGGAAUGUUUGGGUGGACUUUCAUGGUGUUUGGUUGAUGUGAAAAAGCAGUGAUGCAACAUUGUUCUAAAACCCAUUGCCUUUCUUUCUUUUUAUUUUGUUUUUUUGUUUGUUCUGGUUAUUAAUUCAAUCCUUUCUGAAGCUCAACUUAAUAUGCUGUAACAUUUAGCAUGGCUUCUCACCAAAAUAGUGUAGCCCAAGGGAAGACUUGUGAUCAUAACAACCUGAAGCUGUUCUUAAUCCACAUCUCCAGAGGGGUGGUGGUUAAUUUAGGGUUUUUUUUUGUGUUGUUUUUCUACUCAUCUACCCUAUCUUUGAUGAGGGCGAUAUUUUGAACCAAUGUAUAAGUGGCUUUUCAAUUGCACAUUGUAAUCCUCCAACUUCACAUUUGGCAGUCAGUUUUGGUGGGUUAGACAGCUUAGCUUUCAUUUAUAGGAAUCCAGAAAGGUGAACACAUAUGCAACAGGAUUGCUGCACUGGGCUGUCUGGUGUAUUAUAGACCGUGUGGUUUGCUUCUGUCUCUUUUUAGAGCUUAGUUGUAGACAGACUUGUUGCCCAUCUGCUUCCUCUCUGCCGUGGAGCCGGUUCGGUUGGUGUCUGGUUGAGGUUGGGACUGAUUCCAAACAACAGCGAGACCCCCGCCUCACCCCACACUGCUCCAUGGUGAGAAGGUCCCACAAGCAGGGUUUUACCGCAAGAGUAGAGACUGGUUAGUCAUGUUUCAGCCUGAGCUAACUUGUAGGAGUAAAAGGUAAACAUCAGUAAAUACUGUAUUUAAUUGGUAACUUGAAUGCGUGUAUUUUAUUUUUUUUGUCAAAAACAUACCAAAUACUCCUGCAAAUGAAAAUAUUCUGCCCACCGUAUUAUAUUUAAAUAUUUUGCUCUUAUUUUAUAGAAUUUAUUUUGUUGUAUUUCACUAAAAAAUAGAAUUUGAUUUAAGAGGAACAUUUUUGUCCUUGUGUUAUUUUUAAAGAAGAUUGACUGUACAGAGUUCUGCGCCCUGUUUUUUGCCGACUUUUGUUUUGGCCAUGGUGUGACGUUGAAUUCUGGAGCUACAGUCGCGAUGUGGACUUUCACUUUGUGAGGUUUUUUUGUGCACAGAAAUAUAACAAAAAAAGCAUUGCGCCCUUAGCAAAUAAAGAACAUGGAACCUUG